CUAAUUGGCCUCCUUUCCCUCUGGAAACCCCAGUGUGAGUGAGGAUCUCCAUUGGACCCGUCUGCUGGUUGGGCGUGUAGAUGCGUCAGAGUGUGGAGAUGGGCGGUGCGCCGCUGCAGAGGUGAUCCCCGAGUUUAAAAGUGCAGAAGUCCUCUGUGCGCCGGAGCAGUGCGUCACAGCGAGCCAGCAGAGCCAGGAUCCCCCGAGUCAGAUAUCUCAACACAGCGACGAAAAUAGCUUUAACACGUCUGCAUCAGCCAUAAUCUUAUUCCACCUCUUUUAGAUAUUUUUCUUUUUGAAUGCGACUUUUUCCCCAAUUUCUUUUAAAACUUUUUUUAUUGCUUACUCUCGUUUUUAGUUAUCGGAGUUACAGCGGGAGACGAACCUCAGCAACAGCUGUGGAAUACAUAAUCUCCGCUAUAUGGAUAAGGAAUCGCUCCCAUCUGCAGCUGUACUCAGAAUUUGAUCUCAGACGAAGAAGAAAAUGAAAUCUGCCGAAGAGGAUGAGGAGUUUUAACUUGCAUGCAUCGGGAAAUAGCAAGUUCCAAAUCCGAUGCAUAUGGCUACACGCCAAACGUCAGUCUCUCCCUCCCACUGGGCAACUCUUGUCUUCCCUCCCAGUACCUCAGCCUCCAGUCCAGCCCCACUAUAUCUGUCUCCGUCACCGAGCCUAACAGUUAUGACUCCCAGGAUGACAUGAGAGCGGCCGGCUACUAUUCAUCCUCGAGCGCCCGCCCAAACGGGGCCCCGACCCUGGAGAGCCCUCGUAUCGAGAUCACAGCCUACGGUCAGUUUCCCGAGGAUGAGGUGGAGGAGAGCAACCUUCCUGUUGCCAAGCGAGUUAACUCCAUAGUGACGCUGACCCUCCCCAGUGCAGAUAGUUACCGCGACCCCAGCUGCCUGAGCCCGGCCAGCAGCAUCUCAUCUCGCAGCUGCCACUCCGACGCCUCCUCCUAUGAGUCAAGCUUCUCCUACAACUACGACAACUCGCCCCAGAACUCCCCCUGGCAGUCACCCUCUGUGUCCCCCAAGGGCUCCACCCUCGCCCUGCCAGGUGAUGGCUUCACCUCUGGCAGCUCUCCUCGCAACUCCCCCUCUACAUCCCCUCGCACAAGCGUGACAGAUGACACCUGGAUGGGUCAGCGUGGCUCCAGGCCCAACUCCCCUUGUGGCGCAAAGAGGAAGUACAGCUUUAACGGCAGUGGGGCAUCGCACAAGCACUACCCAUACUCGCCCAACCACUCCCCUGGACUGUCCCCGCACACCUCCCCUCGCCUCAGUAUCACAGAGGAGAGCUGGCUGCCAAACACCAACCAGUACACCAACUCAGCCAUCCUGGCAGCCAUCAAUGCCUUGACCACAGAUGGAGUGACUGACCUCGGGGAGGGAAUCCCUAUUAAAGCCCGGAAAACCAGCCAGGAGCACAGCCCCACAGUCAGCCUGAAGGUGGAGCCUGGAGGUGAGGAGCUGAGUCCAGGGGAGCUCUGUCAGGACGAACACCGGCUAAAGAAGGAGGGCUACUGUGGUGGGUUUCUGGAUGUGCCACAGCACCCAUACUCCUGGUCCAAGCCAAAGCAAUAUGUCAGCCCGUCCCUGCCAGCUCUCGACUGGCAGCUGCCGUCCAGCUCGGGGCCCUACAGCCUGAAGAUAGACGUGCAGCCCAAGUCCCACCACCGAGCCCACUAUGAGACGGAGGGCAGUAGGGGAGCGGUGAAGGCCCUGGCAGGAGGACACCCAGUUGUUCAGCUCCACGGCUACAUGGAGAGCGAGCCUCUGACCCUGCAGCUGUUUAUUGGCACAGCUGACGACAGGCUGCUGAGGCCCCACGCCUUCUACCAGGUCCACCGCAUCACCGGGAAGACAGUGUCCACCCCAAGCCACGAGGCCCUGCACAACAACACCAAGAUCCUGGAGAUCCCACUGCUGCCAGAGAAUAACAUGCGGGCCAUAAUCGACUGCGCGGGGAUCUUGAAGCUGCGUAAUUCGGACAUUGAGCUGAGAAAGGGGGAGACAGACAUCGGACGCAAAAACACACGUGUGCGGAUGGUUUUCCGAGUUCACAUCAACCAGGCCACGGGGAGAACGGUGUCCUUGCAGGCUUCAUCCAACCCUAUUGAGUGUUCCCAGAGAUCGGCCCAGGAGCUGCCGCUGGUGGAUAAGCGGAGCUUGGAGACGUGUCCCGCCCCCGGGGGCGAGAGGAUGCGCAUUGACGGACACAACUUCCAGCACGACUCCAAGGUGGUGUUCGUGGAAAAGGCUCAAGAUGGUCACCACCUCUGGGAGACUGAGGCCAAGGUUGACAGAGACGCCUCAAAGCCUAAUUCACUACUCGUUGAAAUCCCUCCCUAUCGGAACCAGAGACUCUCCACUCCGGUCCACGUGAACUUCUACGUCUGCAAUGGCAAGAGGAAAAGAAGCCAGUACCAGCGCUUCACCUACGUCCCCGACAGUGCUCCAACAAUAAAGACGGAGCCAAGCGACGACUACGAUGCCCCUCUGGUGUGCGGCCAGCGUGGCCCCGGGCUGUCCGUGCACCCAAAGCCAUACUUCCCCCCUCAGGUCAUGACCCCGAUGAUGACCUCUGACCUCAGGCCUUGCAUGGUGGGUGGAGCUUACUCUGUCAGCCAGCAAAGAUUGGCAGCCAAACCCUCCUCUCUGCCCACCUCGUCCUCCCCCAGCACCAGUCCCAAAUUGCACGACCUGUCACCGCCGCCCUUAUCCAAGUGCCUCUCUGCCGGCCCAGCACUCCAAAACCCGGGCCAACAGUCCCCCAUCCAGCACGUCUCCAUCAUCCAGGAGACUCCAGGUCGCUACCAGCCGCACAUCUUCUAUCCACCCAGCAGCUCCUCCUCCUCCUCCCCGACCUCGCAGGCCUCCACACCGACUGACGGCCCUUUCUCUCCGGCCCUCUGCAUGACACCAGCCCAGCCGGAGAGCGGCAGCACCAGCCCAGGAGCUCAGCAGCACCCCAAGGUGCCACAGAGGGGGCAGGGCUCAGUUCAGUUGGAUGGCAGCCCCCCAACGCUGACUGUCAGCAUCAAACAAGAACCACAGGAGCUGGACCAGAUGUACCUUGAUGAUGAUGCGCAGAAGGUCAAAGCCAGAUCAAAUAGAGGAGAGGAGGUCAGUCAGUUCAGUCUGGGCCGGGAAGAGCACACAUGGCAGCGGAACGACUCGCUGUAGGAGGGUGGAGAUGAGUUAAUGAGAUCAUCAGGAACGACCUGUCGAGCAUCUCCGUCCACAGCCACGCGUAGUUUCCUGUCACCAACAAAACUGACACAGGAAACUGAAAUGAAGGGAAACACCAAACAGAAUUUGACAUUGUGCUUUUCAUGCUUGGACUACAGGAAGCAGCAAAAGGAAAUGCAAAGAGAACAAAUGUAAAUGUAUUGUCCAGAUGACCAGGGUCCAACAUGUGCCUUGUUUUUCCACAUAUAUUCUGCCUUUACACAGAAGUGAUCCCAGUAAUAAAUCACAUGACUGACUUUUUUAAAGACGUGUAAAUUGAGUAAGUAGCAACCGAACCUGCCACGCCACAUCAAAGUGUGCUUUUAGAUGACCAAAACAUGUUUUAUAUGUCUUUUGCUGCAGUUUGUAAAUGAUUCAGUGCCUAUGAGUUAUGUCAUUUGUAUAUACAGUAUCUGUAGUACUUCAGUUUGCAUAUCUGGCUUUACUGAGAGACAAUUAAGAAGAGAAGUGCCUUUUUGACUGGAAACAAAGAAACAUGGCCUUAGUUCGGCUUCACACUUUCUGAAAAUUAGCUACAAACGGUAAUCAUGGGAUUAUGUUAAAUGCUAAAAGACAGCGUAACGGUAGCACCAAAGAUACAGGUCAUACAAGACCAAGAAGCAACAAAACGUAAAAGUAUAUUGAAUAUAGGUGUGUGUUAGUUUUCAUGAGUUAAACUUUUUUAUUUGUAAAAGAAAGAAAGAAACUUCUUUUCAAAAGUUGCAUAAUCUUAUUUGAUUAGCAGUUGUUCGGACAAAUGAAGUUAAGAUUAUGAAAAUCGAAUACAUUUUCUGUAUUCACAACCAACAAUAAGCACUUAACCACUAUGGUAUGUUAUUACUUUAGUUUAUUCAGCUACUGUCACUUGAAGACAAUCACAUCAACAAUGGCAAAAACUUUCCAGAUGAUAAGUUCCCCAAACCUCAUAAAGAGUGUGUCGUCACAGAAUAAUGAGUUAUUCUGUGUCUUUCUUUGCAUUCUGAACUGAAGACUUUCAUCAAACAAGGAAUCAUCUCAGUUAUUUUAGACAAAGCUCGACUUUUCCCUGGAAGCUAUGCAACACGCCGGCACCCUCUCAAACAAGUCGGAUCCAAAGAACACUUAACAGCGAGUGAACAGCAAUACAAAUAUAUAAAUUCUUUAUAGUUUGUUUUUUGUAUUCAUAUUUAUUCUCUUAGCAUGUGCUCUGUUUAUUCAUGUUCAUCAUACAGCCUCUUUGACAUGGUUACCCACAUACUGUGGAUUAUCUACUCGUUAGUUUGCGCUCCUAUCGUUAAACUGAAUAGGCUUUCACACUUUGUUCCCCCGGUUUUUAUAUGUAUUUAUGAGUCUUAAUCCUUAUAACUGAAGCCAUACUGAUAUGUUUACCAAGGAGCUUAUUGUCAAGUCUACAACUCCUAAUUCUGCUUUUCGGACCUAUUUUGUGUAUUUGUCAAUAAAUAAGCUUCAUCUCUUUCA